AUGGCUCCCCGCGCGGCCUCUCCGGCCCUAUCGGAAAAUGAAUUCGACAUAACAGGUGCGCUUUUUCAAAAUGAUAGCGAUUCCGAAGUCGAGCAAACAAAAUCAACCACGAAACGCAAGAAGGCGCCGGCAGCCCAGAAUCUCGAUUUUCUCGGCGGCGACUCGGACGAAGAUGACGAGGCAUUUAUCGCGGAGCAGCAGAUGUCUGCGAACCGCAAAAGCGCCAACCUCAAGGGCCGCACGGUGAAGAAAGGCGGCGGUUUCCAGGCCAUGGGUCUGAAUGCGAACUUGCUGAAGGCUAUCACACGGAAAGGUUUCUCGGUCCCGACACCAAUUCAGCGGAAAACGAUACCAGUCAUUAUGGAAGAUCAAGAUGUGGUUGGUAUGGCUAGGACGGGAUCCGGAAAGACCGCUGCGUUUGUGAUUCCUAUGAUUGAGAGGUUAAGGUCUCAUAGUACGACGUUUGGAGCUCGCGGACUGAUUAUGUCUCCGUCGCGUGAGUUGGCGCUGCAGACUAUGAAGGUCGUCAGGGAGUUGGGAAAGGGGACAGAUCUGAAAUCUGUGCUCCUUGUUGGUGGUGAUAGUUUGGAGGAGCAGUUCGCCAUGAUGGCUAGCAACCCGGACAUUGUUAUUGCAACGCCUGGUCGAUUCCUGCACUUGAAGGUGGAGAUGAAUUUGGAUUUGUCGAGCGUCCGGUACGUCGUAUUUGACGAGGCUGAUCGACUUUUCGAAAUGGGUUUCGCGGCUCAAUUGACGGAGAUCCUUCAUGGGUUGCCCACCACGAGACAAACCCUGUUGUUCUCAGCCACACUGCCAAAGUCCCUUGUGGAAUUUGCGAGAGCUGGUUUACAGGACCCCACCCUCAUUCGAUUGGAUACAGAGAGCAAGAUUUCCCCGGAUUUGCAGAACGCGUUCUUCUCUAUCAAGUCGGCGGAGAAGGAGGGUGCUUUACUUCACGUCCUACACGAGGUCAUAAAGAUGCCCACAGGGCCAACGGAAGCGUCACAGAGACGCAAAUUCAGUGAGAGAGGACCGGACGACUUUAGGGACAAGAAGCGCAAGCGAGAUAUGGAACGAUCCGUGAACAUGAAGGAAUCACCCACGAAACACUCCACGAUCAUCUUCGCCGCGACAAAACAUCAUGUAGAUUACCUCUACUCGCUCCUCCGCGAAGCUGGAUUCGCAGUUUCCUAUGUCUACGGCUCCCUGGAUCAAACAGCUCGUAAGAUCCAGGUUCAGAACUUCAGAAUGGGUAUUUCCAAUAUUCUUGUGGUUACCGACGUUGCAGCCAGAGGUAUCGAUAUUCCUAUCCUUGCCAACGUCAUCAACUACGACUUCCCCUCCCAACCUAAGAUCUUCGUCCACCGAGUCGGUCGAACAGCUCGUGCCGGAAGGACAGGUUGGAGUUAUAGUCUUGUCCGAGAUUCAGACGCCCCCUAUCUUCUUGAUUUGCAACUUUUUCUGGGCCGCAAGCUGGUUCUCGGUCGUGACUCUGCGGAUCAGGUCAACUUUGCCGAGGACGUGGCGGUCGGAAGCCUGCCUCGAGACGGCCUCUCGCACAGCUGCGAAUGGGUAAGCAAGGUCCUAGGUGAUGUUCGAGACAUUGCCGGUCAGCGCACUGUUGCUGGCAAGGGAGAGAAACUCUACAUGCGUACGCGAAAUGCCGCCUCGCUCGAGAGCGCUAAGCGAGCGAAGCAAGUGGUUGCCUCGGACGGCUGGACAGCCAUCCAUUCCCUGUUCCAAGGCGAAGAAACAAACAUGGAGGUUGAACGUGAGAAGAUGCUCGCACGUAUCGGAGGCUAUCGCCCACAAGAAACAAUUUUCGAAGUCCAGAACCGACGUACCGGUAAGGGCAGUGGUAAGGGUGGCGAACCCGAUGAAGCCCUUGAGUCGAUCAAGCGGGUCCGGAAUACCCUUGACAACAAGAAGAAGCAGCGCGCACAGGCUGAAGAACUCACUGCAAAACUUGCCGACGACGCGCCGCAAAAUAAUGAGGUAGACGAAGCCGACGAGCACGCCUUCUCAGACUCGGGGGCAGAGAACGGCGUACCAGACAACAUGUCCAUGGCCUCGGAGUCAGACCUCGAAGUUACAUUCUCUUCCUACGGCCAGCCAAAUAGCAACAAGAAGUCCUCUAACAAGAACAACGCGGACGACACCGCUGCCACCGUCACUUCGACCUUCCAAAACCCAGAAUACUUUAUGUCCUACACCCCCGCCAACAACACCCUAGUCGAAGAUCGAGCUUACGGCGUGCACUCCGGAACGAACGCUAACUUCGCAUCUGCCACACGCACGGAGACGAUGGACCUGCAAGCCGACGAAGGCGGUCGUGGGUUCGGUGAACCCCGCACGCUAAAGCGCUGGGAUAAGCGGCACAAGAAGUACGUUGAGCGACAAAACGACGAGGACGGAUCUAAGGGCACACGUUUAGUGCGGGGUGAGAGUGGUGCAAAGAUAGCGUCUAGUUUCCGCAGUGGACGGUUCGAUGCGUGGAAGAAGGGCAAGAGGGUAGGACGGUUGCCACGGGUUGGCGAGGCAGAGACGCCUGGGACUGCGUCCGAUUUUGGGAAUGGGGGAAUGGGUGGGAAGCGAUUCAGACAUCGGAGGGACCAGGCGCCUAAGGCUGCGGAUCCGUUACGUGGGGAUUACGAGAAGAUGAAGAAGAAGGGCGAGGCUGCGAAGGAGAGGGCUGCCGGUAAGGUCGGUGGUUUCGCAUCUGGUGGGAAGAGUGAGAUUAAGAAUACCGAUGAUAUUCGGAAGGCGAGGAAGUUGAAGCAAAGGAGAAUGGAGAAAAACGCUAGGCCGUCGAGGAAGAAGUAG